AUGUAUGACCGUGUGAUCAAGAGCCUCAGCAACAAUCAGUCCAGUCCGGAGCCAAAUUCGCCCAUCUAUAUCUGGUCAGCUGCCCUUCAGAACGCUUCUAAAGGAAAGGGCCGUAUUGCUGAGGGAGAAUGGCGGAUCUACUUCAAGGAUGAAUUGAGGGAUCCUUGGGCCGAAGAUCAAGGUGUCGACAGUGUGGAGAUCAAGGGCGAGAAAAAGCGCGCUAUCGUCCGUGAGGAAAAGCUGAUGGCGGUCAGACUCGACGAUUGCUUCAAAAGUCCGACCUUCGAGGCUGCGUGGUCGCAUAUGCUCAAGAUCACGGAGUACAAAGUUGGAGCCGAGAACGACGGUACCAGCAGCCGGAGUACCAAAAUGGGGACGGUGCGAGUCACUUGCGUGUACAAACGUCACAAGUCAUAUAGUUUCAACUUUGGUCGAAUGAAGGGUACAUCCAACAAAUCAGGCAAGCCCAUGCUCAUGAUCAAGGUCAAGGCUGUCGACGCAUCUGAUGAAGAUCCUGACCCAUGUGGAAGCGGUGUCCUUACUGGAUCAAUCAACAGCUCGUUGCGACCUCCCGCAGAUCCGGGCAGCAUCGCUUUAGACAGUGCAACCGGAUCGCUGAACUGGACGCUUCCGCGUACUGAGGGACUUCCAGAUUUCUCUGUGUUUCAACUUGAGGGGAAAGACAAUCACGAUAUCACUCUCGAAUCUCGCCUUCCUGACCAGAAAACACCACAGAGAUCCAUCUCGGCUGUUCCAAGCGUGAUAGGCUCGCUCGAAACGAUCACUCGCUAG